GGCCGCUGACGCCGGACUCGAGUGCGUUCCUCGCUGCGUGAGGCUCGCGCUCCGGCGGUUACAGGCUCCGAGGAGAGGGGAGGGGCCGCGGCGCCUUCUCUCUUCUUGGGACAGGUCGCACCCCGGCCCGAGCCAGCAAUGAGCGCUCACAGGCCGACCAUUGGGCAGCCGUGGAUCGCGGAGCUGCUGCGGAGCCAUGGAGCGGCCCUGAGCCACCAGAAACCUGUCCCUGCUCAGGUCAUCCAGUUCAUUCCUCCUGAGAAGUGGCAGAAGGAGGCAGAGUUUGAUCCUGCUGCAGUUGUCCACCUUUCCGAUCUCAAGUACACGAUUAAGGCUGUGGUGACAAAAGGAGCCAAACAAGAGCUAGAACAGGAGGAGGAUGAUUACACAUUUGAUGACAUCAAAGAAAAAAUGGUUAUUUUGAAACAAUUUGAUGUUCACCUCAGAGUGGAACCAGAACUGAAAGAGUGCGAAUUUUAUCUGGUAGUUGAGAAGUUCAAGAUAUUACCAGCAGAAAACAUCAGGUCUGAUGUGCGUUCUUGCAACUUGGAUCCUGCAGUGCAGAAGAGAUUGAAGGAAGCUUGGGAGAAUCAUGUGAAAAACACAACAUUUACAGAGGGAAGCUGUUCAGGUAUAAGUCUCACAAACCUGAUAGAUGCAGCAAUGGGGGAGGAGGUUAAUUCAUUGAAAGAUGCUCUCAUACUCUGCCUUGAUGCAUCAGAUAGUUCCGAGCCUUCAACUUCCACAGCAGUCUUUCUACCAUCAGGCAGUCAAAUGACAGGAUGGGAGGCUUUGAGGAGAAAAGAUAAGAAACAAGGAAACGCAUUUACUGUUCCCGAAACGGAGCUUAUAAUCUCCUCUGACCAACAAGAAAUUCUGAAUAACUUAAAAGAAUGGAAGGAUGAUUAUGUGUAUGAUAAAGAUAAGACCUCAACAGAAUCUGCAAUGGAAAACAGCUGUGCAGAUACAUUGUCACAUGAUAAGAAAGUGGAUGCCAAAGAAAAGCCUGAAGCUGCCACCUCGAGCGACCCUUGGGUGUCAGUGUCGCAUUUGGGUGUCAAUGUUAAAUCUUCAGGGGCAGCGUCUGUUUUACAUAAAACUACAUCAGAACCUGGAAGAAACCAUGUUGAUGAAGAUAAUUGUGGCUCGCUCUCCACCAUCUCACAAGCUCCUAGUAGCAGUGGGCCAGCCAUUGCCUUUCAGAUGCCUGACAGCAGCACACGACAUGAUCUUGACAAAUCUGCAGAUCUAUACACAGAGGAGUCCCAGGGCGAACAGUCACAUCUGGAGCUUUUGGGCACUGAGAGCCUUUUGCGCACACACGUCAUCUCUGCAGAUGAUGGAAGGCAGCAGACGACGAAUAUAGCAGAGCCUGAGGACAAUAGGAAAAACAACAACCGCAUUAAGGCAAAGUACAACCUCUCUAAAAAUAGUAUCUCCCCUCUGCAGUUGGCUGCAGCCAGUAGUUCAAGCAGCACUACAAGGCUAGCUCCUACCUCACCAAUAGGUGCUGGACAAAGCAGACCGGGUGCAACAGUUCAUGAAACCGAAGAAGCUAGAAACUGUGUACCGGAAGCAAAGAAACGUGGCUUAAGUGAUAGUGAAGACGAAGAGUCCUAUGAAAUCCUUAGAGCUGUUAAAAGGAAACAAAAAGAUUUGGAUUCAGAUGAUGAGCUAGAUAGCUGUGAAGAGGACGGACAGGCUUUCUGUCAACAGGCCAGGGCUGGAGAGUACAAGGAAAACUGGAACUCCAGCAGUGAUGAGACAUUAAUUGAAAAAGAUGAUUCAGAAGAGCAGGGCAAUGAUAAUUGUAGGGUGAGCACUACCAGUCAGCUUGGACAGUCCAGCAAAAAGCAAUGUAGAUGGAAUAAACUAAAUUCACCGUCAGUAUUUAAAGAGAAUGGUUGGAAAAAUGCACCGGAGACGAGAGAAAAAAUGGUGUUUGCAAGUAAUUCAAGUUCGGAUAUUGACAUGGUGAAACCCACCCCACAACCACGUAGACGGCGAGGAGUUGCGGCUUCUGGUGUGCGGCCCACAAAGACUCUGUGUUCUGAUCGGCAGCGUUUACCUGUUUCCCACACAGAGCGGGGACCUGCUUCCCAUGCUGAACACAGCAAAGAUCCCCCGUUACAGAGACAUGCUGACGGAAGUCGGUUUCAGUACAGAUAUCCACCACCCACUCCUGAGAUUAUUGCACAGGUCAACUCAUUGAGGCUUUCUCCUGGGCUGCUGAAAUGGGCAAUUUCAUAUCUCACCCAACCGAGUUCAACACAAGACUGAUUGUGCUUUUUAACAACCACCAUUGGUGAACUUCCACCACCUAUGUUCAGCAUCGAGUGCUACCGCAGGACAAUCAUGAUAAUGUGACACCAUAGCAGGAUUUGGGUGGGGAAAGAUGCAAGGAACUCAGGUUUUACAGCCCCGGUGUCAAGUUUGUGCUGUGAUAUUAAGAGUGACGAAUACACCAGCAGAAGAGAGAGUCUAAGGUCCUUCACAGACUGGAGUAAAUGGCUUGAUCCCAAAAAGCAUCUGAGGUUAAACAAAAGUUUAAGGCGAUUGAGCAGUUCCAAAUCUCAAAAGAAUUAGAAAGAUGUAAGGUAUUCUGGGAGAGUCCAAGAAGUGUGGAAAUAUACAGUCAAUUCACUUUACAGUCUAUUCUGUGAAGCGCUUUGAGACAGAGAAGACGUGAAAAGCGCUAUAUCAAAUGCAAGGAUUAUUAUUACCUUUGUCUGUCUGCUUCAACCAGCAACUCUAGUUAUCGGUUCCAGUGACAGGAACAAAAUUAUCACGAGUCCAAAUCAGCCUGUCUAUAUAUAGUGAAAGAUUAAUAUGUGGUUGAUUUGUGGGACACUGCUGUGUGCAAUUGGCUGCUGUUUCACCCACAAAAUAUACAGUCAAUUCACUUGACAGUACAUUCUGUGAAGCAUUUGGAGACAUCACAAAGACGCGAUAAGGCGCUACAUCAAAUGCAAGGAUUAUUAUUAUCUCUGCAGGACUUUGCCAAUGUUAUCCAGUCAACUAUCUCCAUAUGUGCACUUAAGGGUUUUCAUCUGACAGAAACUGUGCAGGGAUUUGAUUGAUGCUUAUCUGCUUGAUACAAAUCACAUGGCAAUUAUCGAAAUGGGGGAAAAAAUGCCCAUCAAGCAGCCAUUUUAUUAUCAUCUGCAAGUUGAACUUUUAAACUGGGUGCACAUAAUACUCACAUAUUAUUUGAGUAGGUAUAGAUACUUAAUGGAGGAUGCAUCUGAAUAAUACAUGAGUAUUUAACUUUCACUGCACUGUCAUGAAAUCAAGCAUAUCCCUCAUCCUGGAAUAGCAGCUUUCCCUAGGAUCAAGCGCUGUGAUGGGAAUGUUUGCAGGAGAGUUUGAGAUUAUUUAAUUGAAUAAAUGAAUACUCUGACAUUGCAGUCCUCCAAGGGAUGGGUAUCUGUGUAUAAUUAUACCUGGCACAGCCAAAUAACAUGCUCACAGAUCACUGGACUUAAUGAAAAGGGGAAUGCAGCUCAAUAUGACUGUUGGAGAUUCUUUGGCUUAUAAAAACUGUGCCGAAAUUACUCUUGGAGCAACAAAAUAUAUUAGUUGGUUUGAGAUGUGUAUUUUAAAUGUUGGAUUCGAAACUUCAUAGCAAAACAAGGGUCAUACAGCCAGCCUCACAACAGACAUAACUGCUAAUGUGUGCAAAUCUAUCUACUCAGUUAUUAUUCAAAGCAAGAUCAGCAUUUCUACAAGACAAACCUGUUGUGUGAUUGGUAUCACAUUCUGUAAAAAGCAACUAAUGAAAUCUACUUACAAUGGUAGAGCAGUGCUUUCUCCUCAUCAUACAGGAUGAGGAAUCAGUCACCUACUUGUCACUGGGAUGUGAUGUGAUGCUAUUUGAAAGUUCAAACCUGUAACGGAGGAAAACAAGGGAAGCUGAUUCAAAUGCUCUAAGUUACCUGCUUUGAUUGUUUAACAUUUGUACAAAUAAAGUAUGUUUCAAUUCUA